AUGACAUGCGAGAAUCUGAAGUGUUACGACAACAACAACAACAACAACAAGAUAGACAACAACAGGAGGGGCAACAACAACAACAACAAGAUAGACAACAACAGGAGAGGCAACAACAACAACAUCCACAACAACAGGAGAGGCAACAACAAGACCGGCAACAACAACAACAAUUACAACAACAGGAGAUCAGCUAAAGAUUCCAGAAUUAACGAGCUAUUUACGGAGGGUAGUCAUCACAGAAACUUGUCAGUCAUAGCAAUCAAUCAAAAUCUGUACCAUAACAAAGAUCCGACUCAGAGACGAAAUUGUCACUAUCUCGUCCUGUUUAAUAACCCUGUAGACAGACAGCAAGUCAUGACUUUGGCUCGACAGAUGUAUCCCGAGAACCCUCAACAUCUUUUAAGACAUUUUAAGGAAGCCACCUCUAAACCUUACGGAUAUCUACUUAUCGACCUGAAACCAACCACAUCUGAACAUUUGCGCAUGCGCAGAGACAUUUUAUCGUCUAUAAAACCGAGCAAGACGGAAUAUGUUCCUCACUAUUCUAAGGACCCGCCUAACAAGCAGACGCAUCUCCAGCCUUCUGCUAAGGAUCAGUUUUCAGAACAGACAGAAACUAGCAUUCCUUUCAACGACGCAUCAAACAAUCAGACGUAUCUUAAAGCUUCUUCCAAUGACCAACAAUUGACGUCAUCAGAAAAUACAGAAACAGACCUUCUCUCUGAAGAUAUGUCUUCCUGCGAUGAUUGUGGUCUUCUUUUUGAAAAUAUCCACGACUUGCAGAGACAUGUGAAGCGUUGGUGCCCAGAAAAUUUUUCCUUAAAAAGAAAACGGGGCGAUGAGGAUGAUGAAGAUCAACCCCCUUCAAAGCGAUUUUUGAUAAAUCCUGAAGAGAAAGAAGAGGAACAGGAAAACCAGGAACAUGAAGUCUUUAACUAUCUUAUGAAACGAGCCAAAGAACAUAACGAAAAGCAAUGGGACCAAAAAUACGAUAAAUAUAUCAAAGAAGGUCUAUCCAGAAAAGACGCCAGAGUAAAAACAGAGGAAAAAAUGAUUUCCAAAGACAUCAAAAGAUUCUCAGAGAACUAUGGAUUAAUCAUCUUGUUGAUCCUGCAGUUACAAAACGGACCCAUUCACUCGGAAAUUAUGAGAGAUGUUAAACAUUUCCUUUCCGAUGGUCAUAAUGAACAGGCAUCUGUCAAAAUGGCCUUGAACAAAAACCGCCAUCUUUUGGAGGAAGGGUGGAAUGAGGAUACCGACUCUGAAAAGGAGGAUGUAGAUUCUGAAGAGGAGGAUGUCGAUUCUGAAGAGGAUAAAGAAAGUCAGGAAUCAAAUAAUGAAGAAAGUUCUUAG